UACAUAUAUACACACCACCUCCUGAGGUGAGGGGCACGGCACCUCAAACCUUCUCCACAACCGCCGUAAUCCCCGCCCUCCCACGGCAUAAUUUUCGCCGGAAAAACAACCCCAGCUGGCCAUACUCCGGCGAUCCUGUUUAACAUCCAAAACAAUCAAAAUUGAACCCACCUUCGUCUCUUCAACCGCACAAAUCAACAUGCACAACGAUCAUCAAGGCGAAGAGGAAAAAGUUGCAGAGAAAGACAUGAAGCUGAAGAUUAUUAGAAAGAAGAAGAUGAAGAAGAAGAACGAAAGCAGCAAUGGUAAGAAUUCGUUUGAGAAAAAAUUGAUGAAGUUUAAAGACUUGCCUGAUUACAUGAAAGACAACGAAUACAUUUUGGAUUAUUAUCGGUGUGAAUGGCCAUUGAAAGACGUCUUCUUCAGCUUAUUUUCUUGGCACAACGAAACCCUGAAUAUCUGGACGCAUUUGCUGGGGUUUUUGAUAUUUGCAGUGUUAAUAGUGAUGAGCUCCAUGGAGAAGAUGGAGAUAGAAGUUUUGAUCUUUUCCAGGGCAAGGGAGGUCUCAGGAUCGUUGAUGGGACCGAUGAUGAAGAAAGGGGAGACGCUCAACGUUUCUGAUCAAAAUCAGAUGAUGAUUCCGGGUUCACAUAUGAGGCACAUUUCAGAAGAACCAGGUUGGCAGGUUCCUGGAGGAGAAAUGUUUCAAGCAAUUCCCAAAUGGCCCUGGUUUAUUUUUUUAUCAGGAGCAAUGGGCUGCUUCGUUUGCAGCUCCCUCUCCCAUCUCCUUGCUUGCCACUCUCUGUGCUUCAACUUCUUCUUUUGGCGCCUCGACUACGCAGGCAUCUCCCUUAUGAUCGUCUGUUCCUUCUUCGCUCCCAUCUAUUACUCCUUCUACUGCAAUCCUUACGCAAAACUUGUCUACCUUACUUCCAUAACCGUGCUCGGUAUCCUUGCUGUCAUCACUCUCCUUGCGCCCGUUUUAUCAAGUCCUCGUUUUCGCUCCUUCCGGGCUGCCCUGUUUGUCACCAUGGGAUUCUCAGGAGUGAUACCAGCAACUCAUGCAGUUCUUCUUCAUUGGGGUCAUCCACACAUAUACAUGGCCCUUGGAUUUGAGCUCGCCAUGGCUCUUUUAUACUCUGCAGGAGCCAGUUUUUAUGUCAGUAGAAUACCGGAGAAAUGGAAGCCUGGAGCAUUUGAUGUUGCAGGACACAGCCAUCAGAUUUUCCAUGUGUUUGUUGUUUUGGGAGCUCUUGCUCACAGUGCUGCCAUAAUAUUCAUUCUGGAUUUUCGCCGGGGAUCUCCGGUCUGUGUGUGAUAGCCAUUAUAGAAACUUACAGAGAGAUUGACAAUGAAUCAAUUAGGGCAUUUUUGAUCUGUUGUUUCCACUUUGUUUGGGUUGGAUUUUACAAGUACAAACACACUACAUUCAGUUUUAUUCAAAAAGCAAAGCACUUCGGUUCAUAAAU